AGCAGUUAUAAGGAAGUACAAUUCCACUCAAGUCAAUCCCUUUCAUCGUUCCUUCCAGUAUCCUUUUCGUCGUUUCAACUACCAAUUAUUUCUCACAUUCUCUCGAUCCUGGUAUUGAAGUCAGUCCUUACCAAAUCGUUUCCUUACCAUUUAUGUCGAUAUUUCCUCAAUUUUUCUCGGCGUAGUCCUCAAGAUGGAAGACGGAAAGCCCGUUGAGGGAAGCCUUUACGUCUACGCUCCUAAUAAGGUAGCGCCGGUCUUCUUCGCUGUUGCAUUUGCUGUCUCGGCAGUCGGUCAUACCUGGCAGUGCCAUCGUUAUAAAUGCUUCAAGAUGAUUGGGCUGCACCCGCUCUGUGCAGUGCUGUUUUUUGCAGGGUAUACUUUGCGGGAAUACGGAGCCUUUGAUUAUGUCUACACUGGAAGCUUUGUCACCCUCAUUACAUUCAUCCUCAGCCAGGUGUUCAUAUAUAUAUGCCCCCCGCUUCUCGAACUUGCCAACUACCACGUCCUCGGUCGAAUACUCUACUACGUGCCAUAUCUUGCACCUCUUCCUCCCGGCAGAGUUCUAUCCACUUUUGGCGGCCUAAUGAUAGUUGUGGAAACCUUGAACUCUUUGGGGGUGGCCUUGUCGACCAACAGAUCACCAAAUCACAACUCCCAGGAGCUGGGAAGCCAAAUAACGAUAGCCGCACUUGCUAUCCAGCUUGUUGUUAUCGUCAUCUUCUUCGUUCUCGCAGCCAUCUUUCAUCGUCGGUGCGUUAAAGCCAAUAUACACGCUCGGGCUAUCUCAACUCCGUUGGCUACGCUGUAUGUAAGCAUGGCGUUGAUCUUUAUACGCUGCAUCUACCGUCUGGUGGAACACUUCGGCAACACCACAGUGCGAGUUGGAGACGCCGAAUCGCUUAUGGCCCUGAGUCCUAUUCUGCGGUAUGAGUGGUACUUCUAUGUCUUUGAGGCAUCCCUCAUGCUUAUCAACUCCGUCAUAUGGAAUGUAUGGAAUCCAGGCCGCUAUCUUCCCAUAAACCGUCACAUCUACUUGGCACGGAAUGGCAAGACUGAACUGGAAGCGAAGGUCCAAAAGGCUGGUCGACCAUGGCUAGCUCUUCUCACAUUGGGCAUGUUUUUCCGUGAGGAGCAGGAAUAUCACCCAUUUUUAGAACUCGAUGGUUAUUCGGAUGCCAAUGCUCGGGUUUAAAGUAUUUGGCUUUAUAAUCCGUUUUCUUCGUGGCUACAGACACCUACCAUUAGACCCAGAUUUCUCAAAAAUAUCCGAACUUUAAUUACGUUAUAAAUGGAC